AAGAAGCACAUGGAUUCCAGCCCUCUGCAGCGUACCUGAAGUCUGAAGACCGAAUAAAAAGAAAGAAAAGUACAGAGAUCCUGUAGGGUUGGGAGCGACCCAUCGAGGAUGUCGGGUUGCGAGCGGCUCGAGCGGGCACUGGAGGAGUGCCGAAGGAGGGUACCCGCGGGUCCGGGUCGCGAGGCGGCGUGCAAACACCUGAGCCGGGGCCUGGCGCAGUGCCUGAUCUCAGAGGCCUGCCCGGACGAGUUGGAGGCGGUGCGGGCCCUCUGCGCCAGUGGUGGCACCGCGCUCAAGCGGGCCCAGUGCCAGCAGGCCGAGCUCUCCCUCUCCCUCUGUCUCUCCUCCCUUCAACAACAACACCCAUGACACGCAUUUUCCCUUCGGUCUGGACUCUGGUCCUUGAUUUUGAUUUUGAUUUUGAUUUAUUAUUAUUUUUUUUCUCGUUUUUUUGUCAGUUGAUAAAUGUAUUUUUCUUCGUAAACGCGUACGCCUUUCCUUUGUCCACGUCGGCGUUUGCCAUGUACUCAAUUCCAUUGAUGCGCGCGCCGUGGCAGCCUUUGAUCAAAUGUCUCCAAUCUUAUCGACGGGAAUGGAAUUUCCGCCUUUGGAGGUGUAUUAUUGGAGUGAAAAAGAAAGAAGCGCAAACUGACAAGAAAAAUAAAACCAUGAUGAGUUCGAGUUUGACAAACGAUUGGAGGAGUGGGUGUGGAAGAGAGUGAUAAUAAUCACUUUGGUUACUUCCAAUCACUAGUAUGCAAUUUGGACGCUACUGGGAUUGCACUUUCUUUACCCCCAAAAAAAAAAAAAAAGAAACCCCUUUUUUUCUUUUUAUUUUGGCCUCAAUCGGAUUGUAUAUAUAUAUAUAUAUAUAUAUAAUGAUGCUACAAAGUUUAUCAAGUAUUAUGACUCUGUGAUU